UACUUUUUUCGUAUACCUCCAGCGGUCUAGACAACGACGUACCAACUCAACAGCUCACAGUUUGCAAAAUUCCGUCGUGCUGACAUGUCCUUUCGGUUUCCAGUGACUGUUCUCGUACAGUCUUUUUUAAAAUUACGUAACCCACACAUUUGUAUCAAAGUCUAAUUGAGCUUUCUUCAUUUAAUCUUUUACCGAUGCAAGGUUGUCGUGUCCAAGGUCCCAUUUUUUGAAUUUAUUUUCCCUCUUGGUCAUGUGUGAAUUGAGAACCCCUUCUCUGUUAUUCUCAUUCAUUAAAAUCUAUGUUUUAAGCGGCUUAUUCAAUCCUAAAAAAGAAGAAAGCUGACGUGACACUCGCAAGAUCCUAUCAGUCCUACCUCCAUGCUAAGUCGGCAAUGAAAUUCAGUUGACCUACCCCAGUCUAAAGGAUCGCUUGGUUCACGGCCAUCACGGGACAUGAGAUUUGGAGACUAUUAUACCCCAAACAGUCGCAAAAAGAUCAACAGUUGAAACGAAGCGUCUCGUUCUACCGAAUUAUACUUGGAUUUUGUGUAGUUGAUUUCCCGUUCGAGUGUGUACGUCUUUCAGAUCCAUGUGCUGUUUGGAGCUCUUACAAACCCUCUACAGUCCAUAAUUGAAAGAGCUCUAUUGAAUUUCCUGGGCGUUAAUAGUGCAUAUGCUCAUAAACGGUGGUAAUAAAUGGCAUCCUCUGCACUGAACAGUACAUACGUCCGGCUCAAUGAUGGGCACCUAGACGCUGCCCAGACGGAACACAUAUGGCGGAUUGUCAACAAGCUCUUCACUAACACUUGGCCCGAAAAAUAUAAAAAAAAAUAUCUCUCUCGAACAUUAUUCAGAACCGGAUUUGCAUACAAAUCUGAAUAAGCGUCGUGCGUCAUUCCAUUAUUCUUUGCAUUACAUCUGCAGACGCAAAGCUAUCCAUUAAGUAUUUUUAUGUCGCUUCCACCUAUGGAAGUGUCUAGCUGAUAACCGACGUACUGGACAACAUACGGCUAUUAAAAAGGACAGCUCUCCAGACUUUGGGUUACGUAUAGUUAGCCCUAAACUUGUGUUUGGAUUUUGAAUAAAAAGGACCCUAAAAGACUGACAUGACCAUCAGUUGAGCGCCAUUGCUUCUAGUCAUUUUCACAUCAUUUCCAAGCUCUUCACGAUGCGUUUCACGGUUGGGGUAUUCCUUUGGGUCGUCGUAUCUGUUUGUUCCCAUCCUGCUCGCGAAGGCCUGGUGGAUGAUGGCAAAAUCGUCAAUGGAGUCCCGGCAGCUGCUGGAGAAUUCCCUUCCAUAACGGUUUUACAUUUGAAUGGCUACCUGUGCGGUGGGACCUUAAUUGCUCCUUCUUACGUCCUGACGGCUGCUCAUUGCUUGGCCGAUCACGCUCAGUCGGAAGUGAGCUCUUUCACCGUGCAUCUAAACACGUUGUCAAUUAGCGGCGGUGGAACAGGAUCUCUGUCGCGCGGAGUGACCAAAUUCAUCGUGCACGAAAGCUACAACGCCAACACCCAAGAUAACGACAUCGCUUUGAUGGUCCUGGACUCGCCGGUGACUACAAUCGCGCCCGUUACCCUUCCGUCCGACCCAUCUGUGACAACAACCACAAAACCUACUACAACCACGAAACCAAUAACGACGACAACUAAACCGACGACAACAACCAAACCUUCAACGUCGACGACCAAACCAACAACAACGACUAAACCAACAACAACAACCAGAACAACGACAAAGCCGACCACAACAACCAAACCAACCACAACCAAACCAACCACAACCAAACCGACCACAACAACCAAACCAACCACAACCAAACCGACCACAACGGUGAAAACAACGACCACUAAACCAACGUGUUCGUGUACCUGUCCACCACCGACUACCCCAGCGAUGAAAGCUUUCAGCACCUACGCCAACAGCCCGGCCAUCAUUGCCGGAUGGGGAACAACAUCUUCAGGAGGAAGCGUUUCGCAGGUGUUGUUGAAAGCUGACGUCACUGUUCUAGACAAUUCAGUUUGUUCGAGUCAAUAUGGUGCUGGAUUUAUCGCUGCUGAUAUGUUGUGUGCCUCUGCUCCGGGCACCGAUACUUGCCAGGGUGAUAGCGGAGGUCCUCUUUACGUCGGCGGAGUUCAAGUGGGUAUUACUUCCUUCGGUGCUGGUUGUGCCGAUCCUAACUUUGCUGGCGUGUACACCCGUGUUACCACUUACCUUGGUUGGAUCGCAACCACCAAGGCCAACAAUCCUCCUACAACAGUUGGAUAAAGUUUUACCAGCGGAGCACUAAUCUCUUUCACCAUUCCAACCGGACCUAGACCUGAUAUGAAAACGAGCUUUUUUUGUUUUGUUUCAAUUGAAUUUUUAAUUAUUGUCGUUUGCCUGAUUUGAAUAGUGAUGACGAGACUUGAUAAUAAGACCACAGAUUGAAUGAAGUGGCGACACAAUAAAUUACUUUAUUUAGCAUGCAAAAA